AUGCCGCCGCUACCACCUAAAUCGCAGCACACGUUCGAAAUGAUCGAUGGAGUCAUGCACGUGUACCACCCGAACGCGCAAGGCGAGGUCGAGUUGGCGCAUAAACCGCCCGGCACGGCGACAGAUUUCUUCUACGACUUGCACGCAUUACUAAAGGUGCAAUCGUACGGUCCAUCGAAGACGUUUUGUCACAAAAGGCUGUUGUUGACGGAGCAAAAGUUCAAUCUACACGUCAUGUUGAACGCUGAUCGAGAGUUUUUAGAGCAAAAGAAGGCGCCACAUCGCGACUUUUACAACGUCAGAAAGGUUGAUACGCACGUGCAUCACAGCGCGUGCAUGAACCAAAAGCACUUGUUGCGCUUCAUCAAGUCCAAGCUUAAACGAGAGCCUCACGAACUUGUGGUUUAUCGGGACGGCAAGUUUUUGAACCUUCGAGAGGUGUUCGAAUCGAUCGGAAUGACGGCAUACGAACUCAACGUCGAUACAUUGGACAUGCACGCGGACAAGAAUACGUUUCAUCGCUUCGAUAGGUUCAAUCUCAAGUACAACCCCAUGGGACAGUCUCGCUUGCGAGAAAUUUUCAUCAAGCAAGACAACUUGAUUCGUGGUCGGUUCCUCGCCGAGCUCACGAAGCAAGUAUGCUCGGACUUGGAGGCGAACAAAUACACCAUGGCGGAGUAUCGCAUCUCCAUCUAUGGGCGUAAACCCGGCGAAUGGGACAAUCUCGCGGCUUGGGUGCUGAAUAACAACGUCUUCAGCGAAAAUAUCGUAUGGAUGAUUCAGAUACCGCGAUUGUACAACAUCUACCACAGUAAUGGGACGAUGAAAAACUUCCAGCAGAUGCUCGAUAACAUUUUCAAGCCUCUGUUUGAAGUCACGGUAGACCCUUCGUCGCAUCCAAAGUUGCAUACGUUUCUCCAAAUGGUGAUCGGGGUGGACAUGGUAGACGACGAAUCGAAACCUGAGCGCAGACCAAGUAAGCACAUGCGUGUACCAGUGGACUGGGACGUGUCUCACAACCCCGCGUACGCCUACUACGCCUACUACGUGUACGCCAACCUGUACACGCUGAACGCAUUGCGCGUCAGUAAAGGGUUGAAUACCAUCGCCUUCAGGCCUCACGCCGGUGAGGCGGGAGACAUCGAUCACCUGUGCACCACAUUUAUGCUCGCGAAGAAUAUUGCGCACGGCUUGAACCUGCGCAAGUCGCCGUGUCUGCAAUACCUGUACUAUCUCACGCAAAUUCCGCUCGACAUGUCGCCCUUGAGCAACAACUCGUUAUUCAUCGAUUAUCAUAAGAACCCGUUCCCGGUGUUCUUUGCUCGAGGUUUGCGAGUAUCACUCAGUACGGAUGAUCCACUCAUGAUUCACAUGACCAAAGAGCCUUUGGUCGAGGAGUACUCCGUCGCCGCGCAAGUUUGGAAACUCAGCGCCGCCGACUUGUGUGAAAUCGCCAAAACCAGCGUUUUAAACAGCGGAUUCCCGCGAGCGUCGAAAAAGCACUGGGUGAGUGAUCAGUAUUGGCUCAAUGGCACACGAGGAAACGACAUUCAAAAGACCAACGUCCCAGAUCUUCGCGCACAUUUUCGCGAAGACGUUCUCGAAUGCGAAAAAGAGCUCGUGCGUCGAGGCGUCGUUCAGGCGCGCCAGAAGGGCCGCGAGCUCAAAAUUCGCGGAUAG